AUGCCCUUCUGGCUAACUAACGCGCCAGCGACGUUUCAGAGAGCAAUGGAUAUCCUGCUCUCUUCGUUCCGUUGGAAGUGCUGUUUGGUGUAUCUGGACGACAUAAUGAUUUUUAGCAACUUCUUGGGACUUUGUAAUGUCUACCGCAAAUUCGUUCCCCAUUAUGCGAAAAUCGCGCAUCCGCUCAAUCAACUGUUGAAGAAGGGACAACCGGUCCAGUUGGAAGGAUUCGACGAACCGUGCAAGAAAGCUUUUCAUAAGCUCCAGGACGCCAUCUUGGGACCGCCGGUGUUGGCGCUGCCGAAGAAGAACCUACCCUACUCGGUAGAUGCCGAUGCAAGCGACUACCAAAUAGGCGCUGCACUAUUUCAAACACACCCGGAUGCGCAAAGCAAACCCAUCGGGUUCUUUUCAAGAACGUUAGCCGCAGCCGAGAGAAAUUAUUCUGUAUCAGAAAAAGAAUGUCUAGCGGUAAUUUGGGCCGUACAGACUUUAAGACCAUAUCUAUAUGGCGAGCACUUCAUUGUGCAUACCGACCAUGCCCUCAUUGAGGUGGUUGAUGAACGUAACCGACCCCAGCGGGAGAUUAAUCUGAUGGAGGCUACGCCUCUCGGAAUUCGAUUUUGA